GACGGAGCGAGAUGCCUCUAACUGGUCCACAGAACGGCUGAAAACUCUCCUCCUGCCUGUGAGGGUGGAGAGUGAAGAAGGGGCUUGUGAGGUGACAGAAGUGAGCAAACUGGAUGGAGAGGCCUCCAUUAACAACCGCAAAGGGAAACUUAUCUUCUUCUAUGAGUGGGCUAUCAAGCUGGCAUGGACUGGUACAUCAAAGACAGGAGUGAAAUACAAAGGUUAUGUGGAGAUUCCUAAUCUCUCAGAUGAAAAUGACAUUGAUGAAGUUGAGAUCCAUGUCAGCCUUGCUAAAGAUGAACCUGACACUAACUUGAAGACCCUGAUGAAGCAAGAGGAAUUCACCCAGGGCAUGAUUUUGCCCACAGUGAAUGGUGAGCAUGUGGAAACAACACCUCAAGCGGCUCCUAAAGCAGAAGACCGCAAGACGGCUGCUGGCAGCAAUACUGCCGCAUCACAGUCCAAAUCCAUAGGAGUCAAGAUCCCUACAUGUAAGAUCAGCUUGAAGGACACCUUCUUAACAUCUCCUGAGGAGCUCUACCGGGUAUUCAUUACUCAAGAGAUGGUCCAAGCUUUCACCCACGCACAAGCUGCCUUGGAGGCUGAUAAAGGAGGCAAGUUUCAGUUGCUGGAUGGCAGCGUCACGGGAGAGUUUAUUGACCUAGUCCCUGAGAAGCAACUUGUUAUGAAAUGGAGAUUUAAAUCUUGGCCAGCUGGGCACUUUGCAACAAUUACCUUGAACUUCACCGACAAAGGUGGUGAGAUCAUCCCUGCCAGUGAGGAGGAAAGAACAAAGCAAGGCUGGCAGCGCUACUACUUCGAGGGCAUUAAACAGACAUUUGGCUAUGGUGCCCGCUUGUUUUAAUACUGGUUGGGAAGGCUCUGCCUGAAGACUCUGCCAUGUGGACUGAUACAUUUCUCACCUGUCCCUUUCUAAUCUUGGCCGUGCUGCUGAGUAAAGUGGGAUAACAGGUGAUAAGGAAGGCCAUUGAGCAGCACCACUUUCAGUCCCUCACUGCUUUGUGCAUGUCUUGUGCUGCAGGGGAUUCUCUUACAUGUACAUACUUCUAUUGCUAAAUAAACCUAACUUAAAAAAAA